AUGGCGAUCGAGAUCUGUCGUCUGACGCCCGAAGACAUUCCCGGCGCGAUAGAGUGCGUUCAACGGGCCUUCGAGGACGACCCCUAUUUCUGCUGGGUGUUCGACCCUGCAAAGUUCUCCAAGGAAAGAAACUACGUCUCGCUGAGAAACCGCUGUCUCUGGGGUAUCACCAACGGCUUGUUUUAUGUUGCCAGGGAGAGACUUCCGGGGGUGAAAGACGACUCUGGCAAAGAGCAACCGGCCUCGUACCGCGUCGUUGGAGCGUCUAUGUGGCUUCCACCCUACCCGCCGGGGCACAGUGGAACUUGGAAUUCACGCUUCCAAGACUGGCUUCUCAGUCUUCGUCAACUCAUGACAAAUAUCCAGUUCCAGGGCCACGGUGGCUUGCAGGUCCAUCGAUACUGGAUCUGGAAGGACUCCCAGACGAAAGCAACGGAGAAGUUCUGGACCGAUGCGCGCGGGUAUUACCACUGCAAUCUGGUUGCAGUUCUGCCGGAAAUGCAUGGCAAAGGGAUAGGGAAAAAACUGAUAAAGGUAGUCACUGAUAAAGCUGACAAAGAAGGCAUGAGGUGCUAUCUGGAAAGCUCCAAGGCGGAGCCCAACAUUGACAUCUAUAAGCGCAUGGGGUUCAACCCCGUUGGAGAUUUGGACUGUGACGACAAUGGGACUGUCUGCAAGCUAUACUGCAUGACCCGUGACCCCGCUCCAUCAACGAACCACAAAGCAGAGUAG